UAACGCAUAGUUGUCCUCUCAGAGGACAUCAAACUAAAGUAACUGCGUGAAACUGAAAUCUCUUUCUUUCUUGCUAUACCACCUUCUUCUUCUUCUUCCUCCUUCCUUCUCCUCACACCUCUCUUCUUGUCCAAACAAAACUUUUCUUUUGGGAAAAUAUCUAUCUACAUGUAAAUUGUGAAUGCUAGAUCCUCAGGGACCUUAAUAACCUUCGUGUUCCUUACUUGAAUGUUCUUGAAGCACUGAGCGAUAUACAGAUAGAGAGAGAUCUGUGUUGUGUUGUGUUCAAGUUCACAUUUUUGUGUUAAAAGGGGACAUUUUUUAUAUUCUGGGCUGUUUUGUUGCGUUUCUUAUAAUAAAGUUAUUUAAAAGGUGUAAUCUUUCAUCUGGGUUUCAUCAAAAAAAAAUUCGAUUUUUUUCUGAGAUUUUCUUCACCAUUCUCCGAAACGUGGACACAUUUUGAUCUUUUGGGUUUCAAUAAAAGUUGAAAUUUUGAUAGCAUUUCUCACCAAAGGUGUCAUUUUUAUUUCCCAUCUGAACGAGAUUUGAGGAAACUGGCGAGAUUACAAUCGAUUUUGAAAUAUCUGAAGCUAACAAGAGGAAGACGAGGAAUGGCUCCUACUGGGAACGGGCCACUCAUACCAAUUCUAGGUUUCCUUACAUGUGUGGCUUUUAUCUAUCUCUCCUUUGGAGAUUUGUGGUUUGAUUUCAAAAGGGAAGCCGAUUUAGGAGGAUUCGUGAAAAGGAACGGGACACAGUUCGUGGUCGAUGGUAAGCCUCUGUAUGUGAAUGGCUGGAACUCUUAUUGGUUCAUGGACCAUGCCGUCAACGAUCAUAGCAGACACCGUGUCGGUGCUAUGCUUGAAGCUGGAGCCAAAAUGGGUCUCACUGUUUGUAGAACAUGGGCUUUCAAUGAUGGAGGUUACAAUGCUCUUCAGAUCUCUCCUGGCAGAUUCGAUGAACGAGUCUUCAAGGCCUUGGAUCAUGUAAUCGCAGAGGCAAAAACACAUGGUGUUAGGUUGCUUCUUAGCUUAGUGAAUAACUUACAAGCGUAUGGAGGGAAGACUCAGUACGUCAACUGGGCAUGGCAAGAAGGUGUAGGCCUCAGCUCGUCCAAUGAUUCCUUCUUCUUUGACCCAUCUAUUCGCAGAUACUUCAAGAAUUAUCUCACGGUGCUGCUCACCCGUAAAAACUCUUUAACUGGGAUCGAGUACAGAAACGACCCUACAAUUUUUGCAUGGGAGUUGAUAAACGAGCCUCGCUGCAUGUCUGAUAUCUCUGGGGAUACUCUACAAGACUGGAUUAAUGAAAUGACAGCGUUCAUUAAAUCAAUUGACAACAAGCAUCUUCUAACCGUAGGCUUGGAAGGGUUCUACGGUCCCAAGAGUCCAAAACGGUUGACAGUUAACCCAGAACGAUGGGCCUCUGAGCUUGGUUCAGAUUUUGUUCGAAACUCUGACUCGCCAAACAUCGAUUUUGCAUCGGUUCAUAUCUACCCUGAUCACUGGUUUCAUGAUCUGGGGUUCGAAGAUAAACUCAAGUUUGUGGUGAAAUGGAUACUAUCCCACAUUGAAGACGGGGACAAGGAACUGAAGAAGCCUGUUCUGUUCACUGAGUUUGGGCUCUCAAAUCUGAACAAGGACUAUGAUCCAUCGCAGCGAGAUCGGUUCUACAGAACCAUCUUUGAUAUUAUAUACAAAUCAGCCAAGCGGAGGCGGUCUGGUGCAGGAACACUCAUGUGGCAGUUUUUGAUAGAAGGCAUGGAAGGGUUCAACGAUGACUUUGGUAUAGUCCCAUGGGAACAAGAUUCGAUCCAGAGAUUAAUGAUAGAACAAUCUUGCAGAUUGGGUCGGAUCACUGGACGCCAUCUUCAAGACAAGAAGUCCAUAGAAAUAUGUUCCCAGAGACCAUGAGAAUGUAUACAGUUUCUUUUUUUGUUCUUGCCCACAUGAGUGGCAUAUAUGCAAAGUGCAAACUCAAAAUAUUUUAUACUAAAAGUAGUAAAGUUAACCUUCUUUUUUUUGGUUGA